GCCCUCCCACUCAACUUAAAACUACCUCUGGACGCCUAGUGCAAGAUUGAAUUGACCUGGGGAACCGGCGUGCUCCUAAAGCUGAUAAGCUCAAACGGAACAUCCAAGUACUUAGAACAGAACAAGAGGAGGGGAAGCAGCCACAGAUUCUGAUCCGGACGAUAAAUACAAGGGUGCUGCGUAAGAAGUUUCACAUGGAUCUGAGCACGGGGAUGCAGAAGAUGUCCAUUCUCCCUCAGGCUGGAAAAGGAACCCCCUGUCUUGGAUGUAGAGGGAUGUGUAAAUCAUUUGAGCCUCAUCCUUGGAGAAAGAUAUGCAAGUUAUGCAAAUGCAGCCAAGAGGAUCACAGCCUGCACUCUGACGCUGAAGAUGAUCGGAAAAUUGGCCGGCUCUUGGCUGACUCCAAAUAUUCCAAUCUGACAGCUCGGGUGAAGGGAGGAGACGGAGUUCGCAUUUAUAAAAGGAACAGGAUGAUUAUAACCAACCCUAUUGUGUCCAGAAAAGAUCCAACUUUUGACACAGUCACAUAUGAGUGGGCCCCACCAGGUCUGACCCAGAAACUGGCUAUUCAUUAUAUGGAUUUCAUUCCAAAGGAAAUGCAGCCAAUUGCUGGAACGGAAGGGGCCUAUUAUCGCCGUAAGCAAUUAAUGAGGCAGCUGCCUGCCUAUGACCAGGACCCCUUUCAGUGUCACGCUUUGUCAGAGAGUGAAGUGAAGAACAUGCAAGAGUUUGUCAGAAAGUACAAGAGUGACGUGCUGGGAGUUGGAGAAGUGGCACUGCCUGGCCAAGCAGCUAGUGCCAAACAAGAAGCCAACCAGCAGCAGAAGACAGAAGCUAAGGAACAAUUUUCCAAUGGCAAAAUAGCAAAGGAGAUGCCACAGGCCACCCCAACUGCAUCCAAUGGGACACUGGCAGAAUCCCAGCAGAAAGACAAAUAUCAUUGUGAACUUUGCAAGCAGACAGUCAGCAAUGAGAGCCCUGUGGUGUAUUGUGAGCGCGCUGGGUAUGCCCGCCUUUGGCACCCAGCGUGCUUUUUAUGCACCUGGUGCAAUGAACCCCUGGUGGAUCUCAUCUACUUCUGGAAGAGUGGCCGGUUGAUGUGUGGGCGCCAUUACUGUGAGAGUGAGAAAUCUCGCUGCAUUGCCUGUGAUGAGAUAAUUUUCUCAGAAGACUUCGUAGAAUGCAAGGGACUGACGUGGCACAAGAACCACUUCUGCUGCUUGGAGUGCGAUCAGCCACUGCUUGGAAAGGCCUAUGAACUGGAGCAGACCAAGCUGUAUUGUAUAGCCUGUAACAAAAGAAUCAAGCACAUGUGAAGGACUUUCACUGGAAUGACAAUCAUGCUCUAAUUUACAUUCACCAUCUGUAUAAGCUAACCAAAGAAACUUUGGUCAGCUAAAUAAUAGAAUACAAAUCUGGCAAACUCUAGUAGAAGCUCCCAGGAGUGUAGUAUUUACACAAAGUGGACAUUCAUUUAAAGUUGUCUAAGAUUCGUUACAAAGGUGGAAGUGAUGUCUUUGUUACACACACAAAAUACUGGAGGAACUCAG